UCCACGGUAGGUGCCUCACCUUCGGAGCAACUGCUCGAGGCGGCACGCAGAAAUAACACAGAUCUCUUGCAGGAAUUGUUAUCGAAAUACCAUGAUAAGCCUCAAGAAGCCAUUGAGCUCAUAAACUCUGCCAAGGAUCCAUCGGGAACCGGAGCCUUGCACCUUGCCGCCAAAUACGGUAACUAUGAAGUUAUGGAUCAACUGUUGGAUAUCGAAGGAGUUGAUGUCAACAUAAAGGCCACCCUGAACGGUAACACACCAUUACAUUAUGCAGCUGCCUACUCCUUCGAAGAUCCAGAAUAUGCAUUGUUUCUAGUUAACGAAUUGAUCAACUGUGGAGCGGAUCCUUCUAUCAGAAAUAAGGAAAACUUGAAGCCCAUCGACAUAGUAGGGCACUCGAACGAGCAGAUCAAAAUGGCGUUGGAGUCUGCAGAAUACGCUUCAACUUUCGACCAAAAUGUCAUGGAUAUACCUGAGGACAACGACAUAGAC